AUGGAAGUUCAAGAUUCUAAAAUUUUAAGCCAGUGUAGCAGUAUGCAAAAAAUGCUUCUGGUUGGAGAAGGAGAGUUUUCAUUUUCAUUGUCACUAGCUAAAGCCUUUGCUUCUGUCGCCAAAAUCACUGCGGUAUCUCUUGAUGUUCGAGUUGGACUAGGGCGUCAGUACAACAAUGGAAAAGGGAAUGUGGAAGAGUUGGAGAGGCUUGGGUGCACGGUGGUCCAUGGUGUCAACGUACACACUAUGACUUCAGACUUUCGCCUAUCUCGAUAUGAUAGAAUUGUCUUUGAUUUUCCUCAUGCAGGGAAACACAAAGAUGUAGUGAGAGGAUUCAUUGAGAGUGCCCGCGAGAUGGUGAACGAAAGUGGGGAGAUUUAUUUCACUAAUAUGACAAUGUACCCGUUUAACAAAUUGGAUAUAAAAUCUCUUGCUGGAGAAAAAGGUUUGCGUCUAAUCCAGCCGGUGCAAUUCAAGAAAUGGAUAUUUCCAGGUUACUCAACCAAGUCUGACUUUCACUUUCCUUUCCGAUUAGUUAUUUCAAUGAUUAAGAUGUAA